GACCGGGGAAAGGAAGUGUGUUACUUUAUGGAGGGCACCCACUCCCGGCUUCCGCGGGGAUGGUGCAGGGUGCUUCGUGUCACUGCUUCCCCGGCCUGGCCUGAGCACUUGGGUCUCCGGUGAAGGGCGGAGGUAGCCGCAGGCUCGGGACCUGCUUGUUUCUCUGGCGGACACCACGGGCUGACCGUGGUCGCUGCUCUUUGGCUGCUCUUGCUGACCUUGGCCCAGGGUCGGAGCCGAUGGCGUCUUGGGCCGCUGUCAGCCUAGGCAGAGUUCCUGCCCGGUGCUUGUGGGCUCAAGGCCCCGGUGUCCGGGCGGCUCUUCCGUCCACCCUCGCGGCCUCCCAGCCUGAGCCCACGGGCUGCAACCCCGCUCCGGGCAGGACGCUGCACCUCAGCGCGGCGGUCCCCGCAGGGCACAACAAGUGGUCCAAAGUCCGGCAUAUCAAGGGUCCCAAGGACGCCGAAAGGAGUCGCAUCUUCUCCAAGCUCUGUUUGAGCAUCCGCCUGGCGGUUAAAGAAGGAGGCCCCAACCCUGAACUCAACAGCAGUCUGGCCAACAUCUUAGAGGUGUGUCGCAGCAAGCACAUGCCCAAGUCAACGAUUGAGGCAUCACUGAAAAUGGGGAAAACCAAGGAUGUUUAUUUGCUGUAUGAGGGCCGAGGCCCUGGUGGCUCUUCCCUGCUCAUUGAGGCAUUAUCCAGCAGUGGCUCCAAGUGCCAUUCAGACAUCAGACAUAUCCUGAACAAGAACGGGGGAAUGAUGGCUGAUGGAGCUCGCCACUCCUUUGACAAAAAGGGGGUGAUCGUGGUUGGAGUGGAGGACCGAGAGAAGAAAGCCGUGAACCUAGAGCGUGCCCUGGAGAUGGCAAUUGAAGCAGGAGCUGAAGAUGUCAAGGAAACUGAAGACGAAGAGGAAAAGAACAUUUUUAAAUUUAUUUGUGAUGCCUCUUCACUGCAUCAAGUGAGGAAGAAGCUGGACUCGCUGGGCUUGUGUUCUGUGUCCUGUUCGCUAGAAUUCAUCCCCAACACAAAGGUUCGGCUCGCUGACCCCGACCUGGAGCAGGCUGCCCUUCUCAUCCAGGCUCUUGGCAACCACGAGGAUGUGAUCCAGGUCUAUGACAACAUUGAGUAACCAGGCUGUAUGUGCCCAUGAGGUCCUUCCUAGGCAACUGGCAGCCCUUUCUGGAGCACAGGCUUUUGCAGCGUACUCUGAGACUGAAGCAGAUUGGAGACCUAGCAGCUUAGGAGACACAAAACCAAGACCUGCAGCCCUUUGAGGCCAAGGGAAUCACUACAUCUCUGUGGGGCCUCUUUGUCAGUUCUGCUGAUGUCUCAUAGCCCUCCUGGAUGCAGGGUGGAAACAGCCAGCUAAUCAGACUCUGAUCUCAGGGAAGGAUAGGUGCCCUGAGGACCCAUGUACUAUAAACUACUUUUUUUUUUUUUUUUUAAGAGAGAGAGGGAGAAUGCCUGAGCAAGGUAGAGGGGCAGAGGGAGAGAGAAUCUCAAGCAGGCUCCACGCUCAGCAUGGAGCCUGACACAGGGCUCAGUCCCACAAAUGACCUGAGCCGAAAUCAAGAGCCAGAUAAUCAACUGAGCCACCCAGGCACCUCGGAAGCUACUCUUAAAUAAGGUGAUUGAAAAAAAAAAUAAUAAUAAGGUGAUUGAUGUGGGUUGCUGCACUGCUAUUGUGUGGGUCUUCUGUUUUCCUGGGUUUUUGUCCAGCUGUUGGAACCCUCUUGACUUCCUUUGACAUCUAUGGGUUUAGUUCCACUACUCCAGAACUUUUUUUUUUUUAAUUGACCAAAGAAAUGUAGCUCUCUUUGGGUACUACUCUGUGCUCUAAUGCUGGUUUAAUGGCCUAAACCUGUCACUGAUCAUGCAAAUAGUAUUUGUCAAACACCUGUGUACCAAGACCUGUACUUACCAGGAGUACAGGCUAUUUAUUUGGUGCCCUGAGUUAGAUCCUGCCCUAAGGCAUAAGACCUCAGAGGUCAGACACAGGACUUCUGUCUGCUGGAGCUAUCCUUGGGCAGUGUGAGCUGCUGUGCCUGCAUCCUUGUUCUCUUCAGGUGGCCUCUGUGCCCUGCUUCUGCCAGAGAGCUUAAGGUUCUAACCCAGUAGGAAACCCAAGUGCCAAUAAUAAGGGACUCCCAGGCCCUGCUUUGCCCAGCCUUCCAUGUGUUCUGAGAUUGGUCAGAGUGGACCUGUGAGCAGAUUGGACUGCUCUCAGGAAAGGCUAUGCCAUGCUGGUUUUGAAACUUGCUUGAUCCCCAGAACACCCACCCUGGCUCCUUUUCAUCCCUCCUGCUAAAUGAUGGGGCACUGGGAACUGGAGAGGAAAUGAGAAUAGAAGGAAGGGUGAAGGACUGAGUCAGAGCCUGACAGCUGGGGAAUAGGGCCGUUUGUACCUUAUGCUCUUCAGAGUCACUUUUGGGUUUAGAGAGACCAAGAGUGCCAAUCACCUGUGCUGGAGCCCGUCAAGCAUGUCAGGCCUGGAGUAGCUUUUUGAUCCCUAUUAUUCACCUACUCAAGUUUUUUAAGCCAGUUCUGAACUCAGUAAUUUUCCUGAAGGAGCCUCAGGGAAAUGAGGAAAAGAAGAAAAACCAAUUUGGCUAUAAAUAAUAACUUCCUCCUUCUAGGAAAAGAUUCCUAAUUCCAUCAUGACUUCAGCAGUUGGAGAGCAAAGGCAAGGGGGAGGAAAACCAAUGAAUAAACCAUGAAAAUGCCAAAGCAUAUGCUCUUAUACCUCAUUUCAUAAUCAUGAUACUACCUGGAAUUUUGUUUGUAUAGGAGAUAACUCAUCCAAAUAUCUGAUGAACACAUCAUUAAAAUAGUGCAACUUAAAGUUGAAGUGCUGCUUUGUAAUUUAUGAUUCUUUCAUAUGUUAUUUAUUUGAUUUUCACAGAAAACGUAUAAAAUAAUGAGGCCAAGUAUUAUGAACAAAUGGUCUCAUACCAAGUAGGUGAGAAUAGGUCUAAUACUACAUUUUCUAUUGAUAGACCUUGGUUUGUAAAAUAGCUCUGUUUUGUAAACUUUGAAUAUAAUUAUAAUUUGGAGGAAUGUGAUAAUUUCUGAUAUGAGACAUCUGCACCAGGAAAGCCAUCUCUGGAAGGGAACUUGGCUACUCAUGUGAACAUUCCUCUAAUAUAGGUAGGAUUUGUUAAUUUUUGUGUAACCAAUUUUCUUCCAGCAAGGCAUACUAGAUGGCUCUGCACUGACCCCUGGUGGUGCCCCACAGUCUUUCCUGAGGUUAAUAUGGAAGAGGCAGAAAUGAAACCUUAUUUGGACCUGUUCUGCUUCUAAGUCUGCUAGAGCGCUUUAGCUACAUAGGUUAAGUAGUUAAAUAACUAUUUAACUGAAUAGUUAAUUAGAGAGGGUAGGAGUUAUUCUUCUACUAAAACUUAUUUUUCAAAGAAUAUUUUAGGUCAGAAAAUGUUUACAAUAUAAUGUUAAGUGGAAAACAAAGAUGUGAAAAACUGUAUAGUAUGGUCCAAAUUUUAAAAUCUAGUCAUAUCUAUGUAUGAACUUAAAAAAAAAACAGAAGGAAGUGUAUCAAAAUCUCAAAACUGGUUAUCUCUGAAUGGUGAUGUUAUCACUGAGUUUUAUUUUCUAUAAUCAUAUAUUUUACCAGGGGAAACAUUUUUUCAAAAGAAAACUCAUCACAUUAUUGUCCAACUAGGGAGACCACAUGUGAGAGGCCAGGAGUCAGGCAUACCUUAAAGUCAGAAGAAUGAGGUCUGGUCCUGGCUUGCCUUUACCUUGUCUUUGGUCAUUGUCUUAGCAACACAAAAUCAUUCAAUACCUUGCAGCUGGCUUGGGCUCACUUUCAAGUGACCUUUUAGUGGGAUGGGAGUAUUGGUGACCAGUUCUGUCCAUAACCUUGACUCUUAAAAGAAGUGUUCAUGUGCUUUGUAGCUGCCUUCACUCUGCCAGAGGCCCCAGCUGAAUCAAAUAGGAACCAUGAAGGCUUUGCCUCCAGCCAACAAUAGAAAAACCAUGAGUUAUUGAGUUAUUUUUUUGUCUUUUUUUUAUUCUCUGAAACUUAUAGUACAACAGUGAGUAUGACUUCACACUGGAAGAAAUCGCAACUUGUAGACUUUUACAAGUCCCCCUGGACUCCUCUAGAGAUGUUCUGAGGAGGAAAUAAAUGAGCCAGUAGGUCUGACAAAAGAGAAUGUUAUGAUAAAUGCUAUAUUAGUCUUGACUGAAAUGGCUUUCUCUCCUGAUGCUACCCCCGGACACUGAACAGGAUAGUAGUUUCUACUUUUUCCUCUUUUUAUCUUUCUUUUGACUAUGCCAAAAAGGUAACAUUGGGUUUUUUUGAAUGAGUAAGUGAACCUCAAAUGGGGGACUUCCCUACCCCCUUACUUGUAAGAUACAACCAACAUUAACAAUCUACUCUUUAUUAUUCUACUCAUUGGAACUGAUCUGCUGGGGAAUAAAUUUUAACUCUUCCAUUUGCCAGCAACCUUGGACAAGAACUUCACCUCUUUGUACCUGUUUCUUCAUGUAUAAAAUAUGGAUAAUAGUAUCUAUCUCUUAGGGCUAUUUUGAGAAUUAAGUAAGUUAAUAUAUGUUAAGCACUUAAGACAGUGCCUGGCAAUAGUAAGUGCUCAAUAAAUGUUGCCCCCCCCACACUAAAUAUGAAUGAACAUUUUUUUAAAGCUGAAAUGUGAUUGCCCUCUACAUUUCAGCCUUAUAAACUAUUUUUGUUUUUGUUUUUGUUUUUCACUUCACAAUAUAUCCUGGAUGUUGCAAUCAACAUUACUUACUUUUGCUCAUUUGCAAAAUGUUCCUUUGGAUAAAUUUAUAGAAAUGGAAUUUCAAAAUAGAAAAGCAGUUUUUCUCUAUAAGUUAAUGUCAAUAAUAAAUAAAAUAUCAUGGUUGUAAAAAUCUUCUAUGAGGUAUACAUCAAUCCUUAACAAUGCAGAUAAAGUGUUUGAACUGGUAACCUGAAUAUAUUCUACUUUACCUCUGAAUUAAAAGAAUUUUCAGAAAAUCA